AUGGAAGAUUUUUCAAAACCUCACUAUUUUGAGAAUACUCAACAUAAAAAUGGAUUCCUUCUACGUCCAAACAUAUAUACUUGUCAUUGGAAUCAUAUGCAGUAUAACGUCCUCCAGAGCAGUAUGUCCAUCUGAUCGAAACAAACCUUGGUGUUAUGAUGAUAGUCUACCCAAUGGUCCGUCAAAUUGGUACCGCACGUAUUGCAAUUGCAGCGGACAAAUGCAAUCACCCAUCAAUAUCAUAACGUCACAAGUGUUGCAAGACCCCCGUAACCUUGUAGUCACGAAUUAUGACAAACCUAUUAGGCAAGUCAAGAUUGAAAAUAAUGGCUACAGGAUUAAUAUGUAUCCCAUGGAUGGUGUUCAAAGGACUCUGACAUUUAACGGAUCAAUAUACAUGUUGACGUCUGUUCAUUUCCAUUUUGGUAGUAGUUCAAACGCAGGCUCAGAACACGCAAUUAACGGACGAAAAUACACUAUCGAAUGUCAUUUGGAGCACAAAUCCCAAGAUGGACGUCUUCUUACUUUGUCUUCUUUUAUGCAGCAAGGCCAAAUAAAUUACUCUAUCGAUGUCAUGCUGGUUGUCAGGGGCUCUUAUACGUAUGAGGGUGAAUAUUUUCAAGGUCAAGUUUCAAAAAGUGAUUCCAAUAAUCCAGGGAGAACCAUGAUCUACCUAGAUGAUCUAGUUCAAGUCGGUGGAGCGUAUUAUCGUUAUGCGGGUUCAAUUGAGUUUCCUCCGUGCAACGAGACUAAGUACUGGCUGGUUAUGAAACCAAACAAACAAAUAUCAUCAUCUCAGCUUCAACAACUUUACAGUCUUUACCGAGCUCAACGCGGUGCUAACAACCUUGAACAGUGUCACCUCAUAAACAAUUUCAGACCUAUACAACCAACAAAUGGUAGACCUGUCUACGGUUAAAACCGUGUUUGCAGAUGCUACAUCAGCGCAUUAAUUUGGUUACUAAAAGCAAUAUUGAAGCCGUUACUGCUUAUCAAUGUCAAUUAUUAUUCUUAUAUUAAACAAUUGUAUUAUCGAAUCAAUUAAAUAAUAAAUAUUGGGAAAGUG